AUGUACGAAGCCAACCGCAUCGUCGCCGCCAAAGCGAAACGCGAAGCCCGCAAAUCACAACUUCGCACAGUCCGCAACGCUGACGCACAACCGCAACCUACGUGUCCUCGAUGUCAACGGACUUUGCGCGCUCGAAUCGGACUUGUUGGUCAUAUUCGGAUCAAAUGCGCGCAUCGAACUUCACCAAAUAUCUUACCACAGCUCGCCUCUUCCUCCUCCUCCUCUCCGCCAUCAACUUAAUCUGACCAUUCUUCUGAACUACCACUUCCAUCAUCAUCAUCAUCAUCAUCAUCCUCCUCCUCCUCCCCCUCCUCCUUCACUGCCUCUCAGGCGGCCGUCUCGCACAUCACCAACCCCGGCACAUCAACAGAUACCACCCCCAACUCAUCCGACUCCAGCGAUGAGGAUCAGCACUACACCUGCCCUCACUGCGACCGCACCUUCACCUCACGCAUCGGCCUGGUCGGUCACUUGCGAAUCCAUCGCACAGAGACUGGCGAACUAGUGCCUGGAGCACCAACCUAUACCCACCGCACUCACCUCCACUGUCUACACUGCCCUCGCACCUUCCGGCAUCGCAAGGGCCUAUUCGGCCACAUGAUCAUCCACGACGACCUGCGGUAGACAACCUCCGGCCACACCGAACAUUCACUCACUCCCUACCCCCCAACACCACCAUCACCCCAUAACACAUCAACACUCCCACACCUCAUGCACCCGACUGCCACCUCCCACGCAAGUGGUAAGUGUGCAUCUCGACUCGGUCCUCAUGCGGCUUCGGCUCCAGGGGUGACUUGAGUCCGAGAAUUUCCCGACACGUCAAGCGUCGUGGAUAGGAAGGUUGCUGACUGACGCCCGCUCUCGGUCCACGCAGUUCGUUGCGUCGUGUGUGUUCUGUGUGUAGUGGCGGACUCCUGGGCUGGGGACGGGCUGAAACAGCACCUUCCACGGCCCUCUCCCGCAAGUGGGAGACACGCCGUUCAACCCAUCCUUGUUUGAAAUCCUGGUGCUUGUGUGUAUGGGGUGGGGGGGGGGGGGGGCAGGCCGUGCUGUGGCGCGCGCAGGCAUGGUCAGUCGACCGUGUCAGCCACCGCGCCCAUCUCCCACUCCUGUCUGCUGACCGGCUUGGACAGCGGCUGGGGUGUGGGGAUGGGAAGGGCGAGUGAGCUCGACGACUCAGCGCAUUUUCCUCACUAUAAACAAUCUGAAGCGCUUGAAGCUAUCACGGUACGCUAAAAGCCGUGACUUGGAUGGUUGCCAACUGACUGGGUAACUUGGACCUCCUUCUUGACUGAAGGCGGUCUGAGAGUCAGGCUGCAAUGGCUCCUUCUUAGUUUUGCUUUUAUGGCCCUCCUACCACUGUGUGGGAUCCGAGCCAGGCGUUGGCUGCACGUCUAGGUGCGGCUUCGUUCGUGCCAGCCUCCAAAUCUCCGUUGUGCUUGUGAAAAUCCUGGUUAUUCCUGUGUGGAUCAGGGGGUAUGGUGGAACGCCAAGGUGAGGAUCCUUCCUAGCCAUCCACCUGCGGCCUCCCCCGUCUCCGGUCUUCUUGACUCUCUUUUGACACCGGACUCGGGCGAGGCAGGAGGAGAGAGUGUGGGUAGAUGCUACGCAAGUCUACCGGUACCAUAAACUCCUUCGUAUGUCACCGUCCCUGCUCCCACCUGCUGUGGGGCACACGGUGGACAUCACCGAAAUCGAUGGUCGAACUGUCGUGUGUGUGUGUGUGUAUGUGUGAAGAUGUUGUUUCAGCUCCCAAAAAAUUGCUGGUUUAUCGAAAUGGUACAAUUAGUCAGGCGUACAGGCGAUUGAUCGAAAUCCGUCCGACCUUCAGUUAUCCCAUCUUUUCCUUUCGUCGCCUCAUGUGCGCUGUAGAAUGUCGCAUUACAUCAUUGUUUACGUGUUCACUCCUAACUACUGAUUUGAGGAUAAGACCCAGGAGCUUUUCCAUAAGCAUGUCUAAUUAGGCAUGCGAAAGAAAAACACCAGUUUUUAUAAACGCUCGAGAAUGGAGAGCGGUGGGUCUGCGCUGUGGUAACCGGAGUCACAACGACAUGUAUUUUGCGAACACUAAGGCAUGCCUUGUCCAACAACCACAUCUUCAGCAUACUUAACCAAAAUACAGUCAUUAUGAGAUCGUCGGUCAGGCCUUCUGCCGACUGCAGCCCUCCAUGUGGAUUCGCCACGCCCCACAUGUGAUCACCAAGCUGAUGAUGUGCAAUGCUGUCGUCUUGACGACACGUCUGCACGGGACGGAGACCUGGACGGUUUACUUCAUUCAUUCCCUUGAAUUUGACCACUUUCCUCUCAGCUGUCUUCGCAGCAAAUUGAAGGUGGAAUGGCAGCACACUAUCCCGGACGCGGAAGUCCGGAAGUGCUGGAGAAUCGGUAGUCGUCCUUCAUCAAAAAAUGAACACUUCUUAUUAACAAAUUCCGCAUGCCUUGUGUGUCAGUCGAGAUAAGCAAAAACGCUUGAAUGCUUUUAAGAUUUAACUAGCUUAGGCAGGAUAAUAAUAAUAACCGUUUCCCACAAAAAACAUAUAGUCAGUUAAAAAUUGGUCAUCAACGAGUUUGAUUAGGGGGUAGAAGUUAAAGCGUUAUAUAGACAUAUUAGUCUAACUGUCAUCGUCGAAUUUAUAAGGAGGCCGAUUUGAUUUCCAGACACACAGGCAAGAUCUGUGCUUAAUCGUCGGGUGGCUCGUUGAUUAAGAGCAGUUCGUUAUUAGAGGCAGUGGGUAUAAUGUUUUUAAAACGAAUUUUUUUGACUGAUCAUAUUUCAUAGAUAUGUUUAGCGCAUGACAGAAAAAGGCAAUAAAUCAGGGAGAGUCAACGCGUACAUGCUUUAGCGUUUACAAAUUAUGUAUUAUUUAAAAAAAGUUUCCAUUGAAUAUAUGGUUGUCCAAAUGCAAUUCUGAUGAAGAAUGUGAACAGGAUAUCUGGAGUGGGGUUUGCGGUUCUAUACCUCAGCGUUCUAAUACUUCACUCGAUGAAGCGUGUGGAGGCAAAUUUCACAUCGAGCCUGGCGAAGUUAAUUCACUGCCAACUUGACGUACCCCUAAUAGCAUCCAACUUGAAUUUAAAUGCUCGAUAAGUGCACAAAGAAGCAAACGAAGUUUAUGUUCGGGGGGAUGUUAUUUCUAUCCUAAACGCUAAUUCAUAUUUAAGUUCUUCAGAACCACCUAGGCAGUUUAAAGAUAACUGUAUUGAUGCAAGAACUCGUUGGAAGUUAAAAGUGAAUUUCGCUUAAGACUCUGCAUGACCAUACAACGAGGCGGCAAAAUGAAACCUUAAGGCAUUUGGAAUUGUCUACGUUUGUGCUAAAUGCCAUAACAUGUAAGAUGAAAUAUUGAAAUGUGCUCUCCACAAGAAGGCGUAACCUACGCUGCUUUGGAAAAGUGAAUAAUGGCUUUGAAUGGCUUCCUUUCGGGCCGCCUACAAAAUUGUAUUUGAUAAACUGGUUAGGUUUCACCAGCAUGAAAUUCAAAAUGCAUUUUUGUCAUAUUCCUUAUAUUUACUCGACAUAGGAGAGUUCAUCAGUGCUUUAUCCUCACGUGGCCAUAUCAAACAAUGCACAUAUUUAGUAUGCGAGCAACGUAUAUAUGAUCCUUUUUUAAGUUGAGCACACUCAGCUGGGUCAAGGGGUAUUACGAACAGGGUAGCACAGAAACGGAUCCACACCCACUGCAGAGACACAUCAACAAGUAAAAAGCCUUUCUAUAUCAGCUGAACAGCCAGACACAAUGUUAUGUCUGUUUAAUUUAUCUGACGAACAUGCAUAUCGACUUCAUUGAGGCACAUACAAUACACAGUCCUGAUCACAAUUUACUAUAUUAAUUGUCCUUAACCAGAGCAUUCAUGAAUUAGCGAAACUUGCGUGCGAUAUAAUCACAGUUAAAAAUAACUACAGAACACAAAAUGGAGUCUGCGAGACUGAUUUUGAUACCUCUGUAUAAUUGUGCCUAGCACCUACGAACAAGGUAGCACUGAAAUGGAUCCACAGCAGAGCAUGCAGAAGUUAUUUUACUCCCCAAAAGUGGACUGUACCUAACCAAAUAUUUGCUGGGAUCAGAGCUGAUUCCUAUCUUCGACUUCGGAUCCUAUUAAAUAAUAUUUUUCGCCUGACAACCAUUUCAAUUUAAGCGAAUGUCUGAAAGCGCCCGGCAGAUAGCUGGUGUCGAGUUUUUCAUGCUGUAACUGUGAAUAUCGGGCAUUUUUGAAUAGCAUGUAAAAGUGUCCUUAGCGGGAAUAUGAAACCUGAUAGGCAGGCGAAAACGGAAAUUAUGUGUUCUGUCCGGGCCAACCUCUAAAUAAAUUCCAACAUACAUUUAAUGUUUAUAGUAAAUAGAAAGAUUCGAAAUAUUUGCUGUUGAAAUAUUUGCUGUGUAUAUAAAAUCUUACAUCCUACUGCGUCUAUGGACUGCUCGAAAAAACCUUGUUUCUACGUGUAGCACACUUGAAAUUGGAGAAUUAAAAAAAUAUUCAUCGACCAAUCCCACUAAACGUUAACCGAAAUGAUGAAAAUAAAAUUUUAAUUAGGAAUUACUGCUUAAAUGAAGCUAAGUAAUACGCAAUGCAAUCCCAUGGUACCUCAGUCACAGUAUGGUAUUGCUUGAAACCCAUUCCUUAAUGACCGCAUGCGCAUUUCUGCCUAAUUUUGAUACUCUGGAACGUCUGGAAUCCAACAAAUCUGACACAGUUAUUUGACUGCCCAAGCAGGGAGGCCUAAGCGAUUCACCAGGAAUCCACCAGAUGACUACCAUGCUCACGUAAUUCAUUGAUAUUUUGGCAGAUUUUAAAUAAUUCCUAUUGACCCAACUGUGCAAAACGCAGCGCCUCGGUGGGAUUCGCACCCAGGCAGUAAGAGGACGGCUGUAGUACAGCCAACGCUCAAACCACUUGCGCUACGAGGCCCCGCCGGACGACGAGAGUUUAAUCACGUUUGGGUUGAGAAACACACCCUUGUGAUUACUGCUAUGUUUCAUGUAGAAUCGCCCAUAAAUCAGUAUUCUUUGUGUUCAUUUCGCACUUGCUUGCAUUAAUUGAUCGCCUUUGUCUUCAUUGGCGUUUGCAACUAUUGUAAACAACAUGGACUCUGCUUUCCAUGUAGGAAAAAGUAAACAACAUAUCCUUUGCGUCUCAUAUAUUUUACCACGGGUUUGCGUUAUGCCACUUCUUAAUGAAAAUUCCCUGGAGUGCUGGAGUGAUUGGUGAUUUUGCUUGAGGUAGAAACAGUUAAAUAAACUGGAUUGAGAUAUGCAAGGUAAUUAGAGAGAGAAAUUUGCUUUAUUUUGAUAAGAUAAAUCCAAACUAUCAGCAAAAAAUUGACAAUGAAUUACGUGAGCCUAGUAGUAAUCUGGUGGAUUCUAGGUGAAAUACGUAGGAAAUCCUGCUUGGGCAGUCAACCUACUGUAUCAGAUUUGGUGGAUUCCAGACGUUGCAGUAGGUUGGGCGGGUAACUUGACCCAAGUGUGAUAAAACUCGCAUCGUCCGGCGGGGCCUCGCAGCUCAGGUGGUUAGAACGUUGGCUGUGCUAAAGCCUUCCCCUUUACUGCGUGGGUUCGAAUCCCACCGAGGCGCCGAGUUUUUCACAGUUGGGUCAAUAUGAAUUAUUCAAAAUCUGCCAAAAUAUCAAUGAAAAUCAUAAAGUAUUCAGCGAGAUGUGGAGGCCGAUCUAAGACUUAACGUAAUUCAUAACGAUGGAGAUGUGUAAAUUAAUUUAACGGAAGAAGAGUUCUCUCUAUAAACAGCAAAUUGCAUGUUAAAGAUCCUAAGCCAUUCUUCCCAAUCAAACACCCACUUAACACAUCAUGGGAUUGGUCGUGAUUAAUGAUUUGUGCAGUAUGCCGACUAGUCCUUUUCCAUCCAGGGUUGCUGAAGCCACAGCGACCUACUGUAAUACGACACAAUGCUCCCAUGUGUCACUUCCGCUUGUUAUGCUCGCCGACCUGCAAUUACGCGUCAAUGAAACCAAUGAUAUCUUUUAACGCACAAGGGUUACUAUAUGUGGUCUUUUGAGAACAUUGUUUUUGAAUGGAACUUUCGAUGUCAGUGGCAGUAACACCACUGUCGUUAUCGAUAAUCGCUACCGGAGAAACAGUGCCUGCCAGAAAUCCUUCAAAGUACAUGGCCGGGUGUGAUGCUGUUCAUUUCCAGUCAUUGUAAGAGAUUUACUGUUAUGGCAAUAGGCGAGCAUGCGCUUUCAGUUUUCACUGACUACCAAAUAAACGCGGGCCUUAAUACAACUGAUUAAUUUGGCUAUGAUUCCUCUAGCCUUUGGACUUAGGAAAUUAUGCUGGCCUACAGCAUGUCAAUCAAAUUAUGUAUUCAAGUGUACGAACUGUGGCAAAAUACACAUCGGCCUGGCGAUCAGCCCACGUCUUCUGUGUGUGAGUGCAGAUGUGGUUUCAGCUCCCGGCAGAACUGCCGGUUUAUCCAGCUGGUGCAAUGCAUAAGACGUCCAGGCGAUUGGCCGAAAUCCCUCCGACCGUGAGCAUUUCCAUCCUUUUCCUUCGUCACCUACAACUCGCUGUAGAAUGUCGCAAUACAUCAUUUGCUACGUCUUCACUAUGAAAUACUGGUUGGUUAAAUAGAUCUGUGAGCACAGCUGGAGGGGUGGCCAACGAGACAUGCGCAAUGAACACGAGAGUUUUUGAAAACUUUCGGGGAUGAAGAGCGGUGCGUCCGCGCUGUUGCAACCGGAGUCAAAACGACAUGCAUUUUGCGCACAUGAAAGUACUUGGCAUGCCUUGUCGAUAUGCAUUCAAAAGCUAGCUUUUGUCAGAUUGUUGGACAUUCAAUACACAUAAUUCAUCAGAAAUAAGCACAUCUUAGUUUCAUACACAUUCAUCCAAAAACUAGGUAUUGUCAGAAUGAUGGAGAAUCAAUAAACAUUAGCAUGCCUUGAUAAUCGACGUCCUAAAUCUUGUCUGUUGAAAAGGCCUACACAAUGUAAUUAAAUGGUCAAAUCUGCUCCCUUUGUGACGCAUGCACCGUGAUGGUAUUAAGGAUGUCUUCGACCCGAGAAAAACCGAAACGCCGAAAGGCCUUUAAGCUAUAACCGGCCUACGUGGGAGGAUAAUAACUGUUUCCCACUAAAAGUUAAUAAGCAAACGAGGAUGAUAAGACCGACAGUUAGGGGGUUAUAUAGGCAUACUUGUCCAACCGUAAACAUGGAGUUGAUACGGAGGCUGCAUGCAAUUCCCGGCCUUUGACACAUUGGCAAGCGAUUCGCAUAUUGUUGUCUACGAUGGGUGAGAAUAACCCAUUCGGCAUUUAUUACAAUUCUUGUAUACUAACUCAUGGAAGGCCACAGGUGAUCUAAAUUUGGAUCUGCUUUUGCAUACUCCAGCACGCCAAUACUCCACCCAACGGGGCCUGCCGCGGCGUCUUUCAUGCUGUCUCUGACGAAAGUACUUUAUUGCCACCUUGACUCAGCACCGAUGUCCACUUGCGUAUGCCAAUCCAAAAUAUCGUUCAUCAAAUCUCCACUUUUCUCACACUCGAUGCCCUGUUCCAACUGACUAUGAAAGGCAAAAGUGUAUUCUGCUUUAACCGCUGAAUUGGCGAAAAACGCAGCGAAUAAAUAAAACUCUAGAUCAGUUGGAAUUUUUGUAAUUCUGUGACAGAUAUCAUAAAAUGCAAGCCGAAAUAUAUGUCUCAACAUGAAGUAUAAGGUAAGAUGCGUUUCUAGAGAUAAACCACACGGUCUAUUGGAUCUGCUUAAUUAACUGACUAGUUUAGCACCCAGUCCAUGAAUAACGAAAAUCUGACUUUCGCUUAGGCAGACAGCGUUGCCAGACGCAAAAAAAUAUAAAGCGGAAUGUGAGAUGAACGGUAGGAUUCAGCCUUGAUCUCAGCAGAGAUUUGGUUAGCAACAGUCCACUUUUGGGGAGUUAAAAGACAUACGAGUUGCUGAAGGGAAUCAGGUUAUAAGAAAGUUUAUUUUUAAAGAACUAAUAUGCGUUUGGAUUUUGAGAAUUCCAAUUAGCGAAUCCACGUGAUUCCAUGUCCUCGUUUUGCCGUAAUUUCGCGAUUAAACAAUGCUCCGUUUGAAUGAACAAAAAGUGCUUCGCUAUUUCAACACCAAGAUGUGUACCAACGGAUGUCAUAGUCAGAUUUGGACAUGUAAUAUAUUGCUUUUCUUGUAGUUUGAUUUGUGCAUAUGCGUGAUUUAGAAAUGUAGCGAAGAAACUAUUAAAAAUAUUAACGAAAUACCAUUAUCUAUUUGCUGAAUUUAUUGUGUGCUUGUGACCGUAGAGCAAGAGACACAUGUGGACAAGGAUAGCCAAAACGGCCGAAACAGAGAGAAAGACGCAUGAACUAAGGUUUGCUAGAGAACAAUAUCAGUGCGUCUAUGCGACGUGAAAGAAGCGACCGAAUGCCAAAUUUUGUCUCCAACUCACCGCGUAGGAUUGUGGAGUACACAGAAACCCAUCAGCUGAAUGCAGUCAUAAGUCACAGCGUAAAAAGGGAAUCUCGUAAGGAAUGCUCCCUGUAGAAUAAAAAAGCAUAAACGUUGUCGGCUUUCGUUGUGGAUGUCUAUUUCAUUCGACCAUAAGGUUUCCUGUUUGGGUAAGUCUUUCUAUGUUACCCAAAUGACUAUCUAGGUGAAAGAGAACAUCCAAACACUCGCAUUUACGACGCAUGUCUACAAAAGGCAUCGUGUGUAAAAAUGCUUAGCAAAUACAAGAUCGGCUUUUGUGGGCAAUCAAUAAAAUGAACCGGAAGUCAUGACGUGCUAAGCGAUAACUCGAAGCCGAUCUGAAACUAGAGGUAUAGUAUGACAAACGAAAAGGGCAAAUUAAUUCCACAUAAGACAGUUCAUUUUGCAUAAUAAAGGAUCAUUUUCAUGCAACAUCUUUCCACAAUUCGAAGAAUAACCCUUACAGGCUAUUCACGACAUACACAUUUGGUCUACAAUUAUUGUACUACGACCCGUGUAGAACCUUUUCAUUAGAUUCGCAUGACCGAGAUAAUUUCUUUCUAUGGCAAGUUCUAGGUAGCGUAUAUUCUGCAAUACUGGCAGAAAACUAUAUAUUUACAGGGCAGCCGUCCCUAACGAAUGUCACGCAUCCUCGUCAAGACGCCUUCAAAACUGCACAGGAUAUAUUGUGCCGAGGUACCAGACUAAUUGACUUUACGUAAUCCCGACAGGUUUCGCAUAUUGCAGUGUUGGUUUUGACGUAACGGACACAGCACUGAAAGUUACUUCAGUCUUCUACACUAAGGAUGUUGAAUACACUAAAUAUCGAUUUUGUUCACCUGCCGGCUUUCCAUACUUCAUGAGUACUUCGCGUGAACUUUAGUCUCUUCUCUACUGGCAACUCCAGCGCCAUCUCCGAAUGUAUUCCAUUUUUCCAUCAUAUUGAAUAAUAUUUCUUGUCCGGAACGUACUAGUGAAUUUUUGUUUAAUUUAAGCCUACCUUUCUGAAGAACGUCUUCGAUAUUUUGCCCUCUGUACUUUACUCAUUAUACUUCAUUCCACGCAAAUAUCCAUUGUCCCGAGCAGUCCCUACUUGUCCUUAAUGUUAGCUUUCCAGGAUUCUGGUAAUUUGCUUCCGAACAGUUUUUGAUCCGAAUUGAAUCAGGCUUUUAACCUGAUAACUUUACACAGGAGAUGGCGAAAUACCACAAAAUUAUAUAACUUUUACCGCUAGCGUUAUCUCGUAAGUCACCCUGCAGACGCCCCAUUUUUCACGCGGAGGACGGAAAUCCUUUGACUCAAUGCCGUAUCUGAUUGACAGCCUACUACCUGUUGGCCACGUUGGGGAUCACUAGCUAAUCGAAAAUCCACAGAACUUCUUCGAUGAAUGUGUUCUCUCCUAGGAGACAAGCACAUUGACGAGGAACUCCUCAAGGAUAUGAUUUCGGAGCGUCUACCUUCAUAUGUUCAAACAAUGUUGGUGUUUGGUCCUCAACAUCUCACGUUUGCACAGCUGGCUGAAAUGACUGGACGGUUCCGAUUGUUUUCUGUCGCCCAUAUCUCCACAUUCUCAGCUGUCAGUUAUGAAGGAGCAGUUAUUGAAGCAGAUUUCGACCAUGGCGAAUGAGGUGGCCAUCAUUAAACUGCAGUUUGCUCUCCAUUCUUCCAUUCGCUCAGACGGCCGAUUUCGCCGUCCUUCACAAACUCGAACAGCCAAAAUUUGCUGUUAUGAUACUUUUUGCCACAAAGACGCACUACUGUUCCUUUUCUAUAAUCUCAAGUCCAAACAGGGAAACCAGUAUGUCAGAUAAUAGACGCGGCUGUUUGCUUCAGAUCUGGUUGCACCUUCUAUGUCUACGACAGUGUUUGACUCACUGGCGUUUCCCUGUGGACGACGUAGCCAAUAUCAGCCUUGUCUCUCGCUAUCUAGUUGACGUCGAUGUUGCAGCCCAAAGAUUUACAGAGCUGCAUCAAAUUUUUCCGAGGUACUUAUGCAGCGUCUGUUGCCUACCGGAAUAGGCGGUUUUAAACAAACCGGUUCUGUGAGCACAGACGAAUAUCACACAGGUGCCACGUAUGUCAUGGUCAAUAUCACUGACUGAGCCACUCGCAUAUAAUUACCCAUUACAAUACCCGUCAUCCCCCUCUCGCUGACUGCAAUUUCGUUGUUUCUCUACCAUCCACUCACAUCAAAUAACAAACUUGAGCUACCGCAUAAUCACCUGAUUGCUCUUAUAUUUCUAUUCAUUAUUUCAAUAGCGAUAUAUCAUGCACAGGCCCGAGGAUGAUUUAUUGAUUGCAAUCGCGUGAACGCCAAAUUGAGGGGGACUCGAUGCGUGCUAAAACAUUAUCUCACACAGUACCUAAUCGAAUAUCGAAAUGAAUCGUGCAAUUUUCUGCACUGCAUGUCAGCCUACUCAAACAGUCAUUUGAUGCAUUGCAGGCAUAAGUGCUCUGUCCUGUGUUACUGUCUUGAAUGUUCACCGAACCACCCCAUCGACAUCAGCUUUGGCAAAAAGCAUUCAAUCACAUGCGCCUCGAGGCUAAAGUACGCCCAUGACAAAGAUAGAACAUCAACCAUCAAUGUACUCCACGCCCUCGUCGAAUGAAGCAGGUAACCCAAUCAACUCCGUUUGAGGCAGUCCACGCAGAAAUCUAUAUAUGGAGUCAGAAUUGGCGUCUUCAUGAGCCACCACAUUCACCAGGCUUGAGGUGAGUUAGUACACGAGGCGUGCCAGUAGACUGUGUAAUGGUAGCGACAGCAUCGCCCAUAUGAACUUAAUUCACUUUUAUUACAAUGCCCUUUGUCGGUUUUAGAGCUGAAAUCUGCGUGAUGCUGAAAUUCCUGUCGAGCCUCCUUCUUAUCCUGCCCGUUGUCAUCUGCGGUAGAUUAUUAGACCUUUUGACUGCAAUUGUCUUGCAUUAGCUUCCCCUUCAAGAUAAAUAAGUAAAUGACUGUCUUUCCGCUCCCGUAGGUGAAAAAGACUUGACUGCUGAGACGACAACUGCACCUACUAGUGCUAGCGAAACCGUAAAGCCUCCUGAUUCUUCGGAGGGACCGAGCGAAAGUGAGGAUCAUAAAGAUCCUACCGAAGCCACAAACCCAACUGCGUCUCCAAGCCAACCGAACGAAAAUGAGGAUCAUAAAGAUCCUACCGAAGCCACAAACCCAACUGCGUCUCCAAGCCAACCGAACGACAAUGAGGAUCAUAAAGAUCCUACCGUAGCCACAAACCCAACUGCGUCUCCAAGCCAACCGAACGACAAUGAGGAUCAUAAAGAUCCUACCGUAGCCACAAACCCAACUGCGUCUCCAAGCCAACCGAACGACAAUGAGGAUCAUAAAGAUCCUACCGUAGCCACAAAACCAACUGUGUCUGCAGGCGGAUCGAGUGAAGCCACAACGACAUCUGGUGUCUCGGCGCUAUCCGUGGCACAGUGCUCCCUUCUGCCACUCCUGCUGGCCCUGUUUGCCAAGCUGUAA